AUGCAUAUGCUCCGUUUGAAAGGAGUUAAAUACGAGCAUUACGAAAUAGCAAUCAAAAGAUAUGGCUAUACAGGUAGAAUCACUGAAGAGCCAUUGAAGGAAAUAGCACCGAUAAUCAAUAUAAGUCCUAGCGCUCUUGAUGAUGAGUUUAGCAGAGCUUCUAAGAUAUUCAAGUCAUAAAAAGCAUUUUAUCAGGGAACAUACAAAGUAGAGUAUCUAUAAAUUCUCGGCUACUUGUUCUGUUAUCAUGAAAGUGAAGAUUUGGCUGAGGAACAUCUCUGGGCUAUAUUGGAUUAAGAUUAGAUGAUGAUUUAUUACGCUAUGAUUUUGCCAUUCGAAAUCUAAGAGUUAGAAGGCAUUAAUGACCAUAAUUAUGAAGAUUAUGUCAAGUAAUUAAAAGAGACAGGGGAAAAUUAUUUGAAAUAGGCGGAAAGGAAACUCCCAGAUUUCGUUUAUCCUGAGACACUGAGGGAUAUUAUGCCAGUACAAAUAUGGAGCACUACCUAUUCAAUUAGAGAAAAUUUACUAGAAUAAAAAUGA